CCAUUGGGAAGAGCAUCUCUUUUCGCAGUAAAGCCAGAACCGCGUGGCUUGUUCUGGGAGGGAGGCAGAGAAAGAGAGAGAAGAGAGGGAGACAGGAGAGGCAAGCCAAGGCGGGAGGUUUGUGGGACCCUUGCUGGGUCUCUUUGCAAAUCCCCCUACUGUACACUUGGUGGGAAAAGCCACACUGAGAGCCGCAGCAGAGAUGUCUUCAGAGAAAACAGGACUCCCCGAUUCCACUCCCCACACCUCUCCCCCACCCUACAACAACCCUCUCCAGCCUCCUCCUCCGCCCCCCCAGGAUGCCCCCAUCCCUGGGUACAGUGACCUCCCUCCCACAACUGUGCACUCAGGCACUGCCACAUUGCCCCGACUUGGCGGGGCUGCCACUCUGCCUCGGCCUCCCCCUACGUCCGCCACCCUCCCUCGUCCACCCCGUCACCAUUCAGCCACCCUGCCUCGCCUUCCCCCGGAUCCCUACAUGCAGGAAACACAGUUCAAUGGAGCUCCCCAGGGCUACGUAGUACAGACUCACCCUCCAGUGGGGACCCUUCCAAUUGGAGGCUACAUGCAUCCGGGAUACCCUGUCCAGCUACAGCCCUGCACAGCUUAUGUCCCUGUCUACCCAGUAGGGGCGCCAUACCCUCAGUCCAACCCUCCACCACCACCGGCUUUGUCUCCAACACAGGUGACUCCUGGCAUUGCUAUCCUGGAACCCCGGCGCCCACCACAUGAUUACCUUCCCAUCGCCGUCCUCACCACCAUCUGCUGCUUUUGGCCAACAGGCAUCAUUGCAAUCAUCAAAGCGGUGCAGGUCCGGACCGCCGUCGCCCGUGGUGACAUUGUAUCAGCAGAAAUUGCCUCGCGGGAGGCCCGCAACUUCUCCUUCAUCAGCCUAGCCGUGGGCAUUGCUGCUAUGGUGCUGUGCACCAUCCUCACCGUGGUGAUCAUCAUUGCUGCUCAGCACCACGACAACGAUUGGGACCCCUAG